AUGCAGAAAGCGGCCCAGAAAUACGUUUUGACCGAGAAAGUACUCGACGAACGUCUGGAUUCCGAAGUGGUGAUUCCGAUCGGGAAAGAUCUCGCGACUUCUGACCUUCAAAUCCAAGGAGAGAUUUGUCUUAUGCAAGAGAGUCCCUUUAGAAUCAUCAAAAUGGGAGAAGUGGGAAACUUGAAGGAAUUCCAGCGCCUCUACACGGAAGACCCGAAGAGGCUCGGAGUCAGAGACAGCAAGGGGAGGACGGCGGCCCACGCCGCCGCCGCCCGCAAUCACGUCCACAUUCUCGCCUUCAUCCGGGACAACGAUGGGGAUCUGAAUGCCCAGGACGUCCUUAAGAAUACCCCUUUGCAUGAUGCCGUGGAGAAGGACGCCCUCGAUGCCAUCGAUUUCCUCAUCGAGAGUGGAGUGGCAACGGAUCUAAUGAACACGAGGGAACAGGCACCGAUCCAUCUAGCAGUCGCCCUCAACAAGCCAGUAGUGCUACAGCGAAUUGUGAAGCACAAGGACCGGGUCGACAUUCACCAAGGAGGAGAACAUGGAAGGACCCCACUGCAUCUCGCCGCCAUCCAUGAUUACGACCAGUGUGCUCAAGUCCUCUUGGAACAGCUGGACCACUGCCCCAGGAAGACUUGCCGGAAUGGUUUUUAUCCCAUCCACGAAGCGGCUCGACAUGCUUCGUCCAGGACCCUCAAGCUACUUCUCAACUGGGGAGAGAAGGUUGGAUGUUCGCGAGAGCGGAUGAUCGCUGUCUUCGAUGCAGAAGGGAACGUGCCUCUCCAUUCGGCCGUUCACGCAGGAGAUAUCAAGGCAGUCCGGCUCUGCUUGAUGCAUGGGGCGAAAAUCUCGACUCAGCAGCAUGACCUCUCGACCCCAGUACAUCUGGCCUGCUCUCAAGGAGCAUUGGAUAUAGUUCAACUGAUGUUUAGUAUGCAGCCCCAAGAAAAAGAGGCUUGUUUGGCUGCUCGAGAUGCUCAAGAAAUGACACCCCUACAUUGUGCUGCCAUGUUCGAUCAUCGAGACAUCGUGCAAUACCUCGUCUCACUCGGCGCCUGGAAGGAGGCGACAGACAGAGAAAAGAGGACUCCUCUUCUCUUGGCUGCCCAAAGAAGCUGCUGGCGGACCGUCCGCUUACUCCUCCGAUUAAACGUGAAUAUAAUUGUCAAGGAUGCGCACAGCAGAAACAUUCUGCAUCUCAUCAUUGCCAGCGGUGGGCAACUGGAAGAGAUCACUGACGAACUCCAGGGAAAACCGGAAUUCCUGGACUUGUUGAACGACCCUGAUGAAGAUGGAUGCACUCCGUUGCACUUUGCGUCUCGAGAAGGCCGAGCGAGGACCUUGGCCGGGCUCCUAAAAUACGGAGCUGCGAUCAACAGCAAGAACAAUUCCAGCGAAAGCCCUCUCCAUUUUGCGGCCAGGUACGGAAGGUUCAACACUGUACGACGAUUAUUGGACUCCGAGAAAGGACCUUUCAUCAUCAACGAAAGUGAUGGCACAGGACAGACUCCUCUCCAUAUUUCCAGCAAGGAAGGUCACACGAGGUUGGUGGCGCUGCUUCUCAAUCGAGGUGCUUUGCUGCAUCGGGAUCACGGUGGGAGAACCCCGUUGCAUUUGGCUGCCAUGAAUGGAUACACCAAAACCAUGGCUCUUCUUCUCUCUGUUCACGCUCACCUUUUGAACCAGUUGGACAAGAAUGGGAACACAGCCCUGCAUUUGGCAGCGAUCGAGAAUCGACCGAAUGCAGUAACAUUCCUCCUCUCGGCCGGUUGCAAGCUCUUGUUCAACAACCAGAAUCUGAGUGCCAUGAAUUAUUGCAUCAAAUACAAAUUGACGGAGCCAGCCCUUGCUAUGGUCACCCACUCCAGGCAAAGGGAAGUGAUGGGUUUGAUCUCGGAAGAGACCCCAUCCACCAGCAUGGCUCUCAUUGAGCACAUGCCCCGAGUCUUCGAGGCUGUCCUCGACACUUGCAUCGAACGCGCCUCCUGCAAGCAGGAUUCCAAGUCCUAUUUCGUGAAAUACAACUUUUAUACGUACCAAGUAUCUGAGGAAGAGACGAUGGUGCGAUUCGGACGAGUGGACCUUUUGGCUCAUCCAUUGAGUCAGAAGUACCUGCAGAUGAAAUGGAAUUCGUACGGGAUGUACUUCCACGUGGCAAGGCUGGUAGUGUAUCUCAUAUUCUUGGCAUGCGUCACGGCCUUCGUCCAUCCGUUGAUCUCGGCUCAGCACGACGUCUUCGGCUUCAAUCAGAGCUCCUUGGAGGAGAAUGCUAGUCUCCCUCUCGGAAAAGAACUCGUUCGAGAACCGGUGAAGACGCUUGCCUUGUAUUACAUAAACGCCGUCAUCAUCCUGGUUUACGUGGUGGGGAGCAUCUCGAAGGAAUUCAUCCAGAUGUACAUCCAGAGACGGAAGUAUUUGAGAGAACCGACGAAUUUGGUACAGUGGAUUCUGUUUCUCUCGGCUGCUGUGAUGGUGACUCCCGUCUUCUGCGGCCAUUUCCAUCCUUAUCAUUUCGUCUUCGCUGCUCUUGCCGUCUUCUUGGCCUGGUUCAACCUCCUCCUCUAUUUACAACGGUUUGAUCAGGUGGGGAUUUAUGUGGUCAUGUUCCUCGAGAUCCUCAACACGCUUCUCAAGGUUAUGCUCCUCUUCUCAAUCCUCAUCGUCGCUUUCGGCUUCGCCUUCUACAUAUUACUAUUCCAAGCGAGUUCUUUAUAUCCUCCCUACAGCCUAAGGGACCUAAGCUUACCUACUUAG